AUGAGUCCAGAGCACGUGCCACGGCGACGCAAGAUUUUCACCGCGUUCUCAAUACAUCUAUCUAGGCUCCUAGGUCGUUCCAGCCUCUCCUCGAAGGUCUCCACCUCCACCAACACCGCAGCAACUGAGCGUUUUCCUUCGCCUCGAUCACGGACAGGAUUCUUUGCCGUUGUUUAUGCCAUAGCCACAUCUUCGUGGUUGAAUUAUUUACUUGUCGUUGUUCCCAUCGCCAUUGCCAGCUACCUCAUCCGCGCACAUCCAGUCAUAGUCUUCGUUACGAAUGUCAUCGCCGUUGUUCCGCUAUCGUCUCUCCUAACGUAUGCCACCGAGAAUAUCUCGCGGGAGUCGGGUGAUGCCAUUGGGGCUUUAUUGAAUGUUACUUUUGGCAAUUUGGUCGAGAUCAUUCUCUUAGCGGCACUCUACCAUGACAAGUUCGAAGUCGUCCAGGCUUCAAUCCUGGGCUCAAUUCUCGUAAAUCUGCUGCUCAUCUUAGGCAUUGCAAUCCUCGCUGGAAGCUACUACAACCAUGAGCAAAGGCACGACCAGGAUGAAGCACAAGGUCUGGCAUGUCUGCUUAGUGUGUCCGUGUUCAGUCUCCUUGUACCUAAUGCAUUCUACCACUCUUUCACCGACGAUGUUAAGGCAGAAGCUGCCACCCUGAUACUGAGCCGAGUAUCCUCGCUGAUGCUACUGGCUAUCUAUAUCCUAUACAUCUUCUUUCAGAUCAGAAGAUCUGUCUCGACAGUCUCAUAUCACCCUCCCGGUUUCACAGCGAGCCGAAGAACAAGCGGCAGUCAUAGCGACAGUCUCCGCGCCUCGUUUAUGGCACCGAGAUCGAUACGCUUUCAAGAUGAGGAGUCAGUGGAUGGCCUGGAGCCUGGGGCCAAUAGGAACAGGGACAUUCUGGAGCUGAGUCCUAUGGUGGAGUCAGACAGGUCCGAAGAGGGUCACGACGAUGACCACCUCCAACACCACAGCGAUGGAGAUGAGGAGUCUCGAGGCCUCAUGGACGACAGGACACCAACAACCGCGGAAGACAAGAAGAUGGCACGUGCACAUUCAAUCUACCAACAUCACACGCAGCACCGGUCACGCUCGCGAGAGUCUCGUCGACGCGGCCGCAGUCAAGGGGCGGAUUCCAGAAGACUUUCUUUUGCCGCUUCCAGCUCCAAUCUUUCUCGAUUUCUACUGGGUAGCAACCCGGCAACAGAUGUUGAAGAUAUUGACUCGACAAGCGACGUGGACGCAAUAUCCGAGACGAUGGUUGUCAUUGGACGGAAGACAUCGAUAUUGAUCCUUGUCAUGUCAUCCGCCCUUGUUGCUGUGUGCGCAGAGUUUCUUGUCAACACUCUCGACGACAUGGUUUCCUCUGGUCCCUUCUCUCAAGCAUUCAUCGGCCUCAUCAUCCUUCCUGUGGCUGGCAACUGUGCCGAGUUGCUCACUGCUAUCAUUGUCGCUGCGAGAGGCAACUUUGAUUUGGCAAUCGGCGUCUCGGUUGGCUCGUCCGUUCAGAUUUCACUGUUUGUAACGCCGCUUGUGGUUCUCUCCGGCUGGAUAAUGCAGAAGGAAAUGACCAUGUAUUUUGGCCUGUUCGAGAUUGUGGCAUUGUUCGCCACCACGUUCCUUGUGAAUUGUCUGAUACUCUGUUCAAGAACGAACGCCUUGGAGGGAAGCAUAUUGUGUGCCUGCUAUUUUAUCAUGGCAGCCGGAGCAUUUCUAUUUCCCAGAUCUGACAGUUUAUAA